GGCGGCGGCGGGGAGGGGGGGGGCGGAGCGGGGCGCGCGCUCCCGCCGGUCCGCGUGGUGACCUUGGGCGGCCCCGCCGCCGCUCGCGGGGGCCCCGUCAGGGUCGGGGCCUGCCCCGGUGGGCGCUCCCCGAGCGCCCCGGUUCGUCCGCGCCGCUUUCGGGCGUUUCUACCCCGGUUUAAAGAGAACCGCGGCUCCGGUCGCCGCCCCCGCCGACGGCGGCCGGUCCCGGUGUGGGAAAUGAAUGGGGCCGAGGCGGAGCGGCCCCGGCGGGGCCCGUCCCUCGGCGGGCAGAACCGAGCCCGCGGCCGGGGCCGCCCGCAACGGCGGGUACGGAGCGUUGCCGGGCGGUUUGAACGGUACCGGUGCCCGCCAAACGGUAGCGGCGAAAACCGCGAGGAAUCCCCGGCAGCCUGCUUCCGCGAAGUGGUACGACCGAAGGGACUACGUCUUUAUUGAAUUUUGCGUUGAAGACAGUAAAGAUGUUAAUGUAAAUUUUGAAAAAUCCAAACUUACGUUCAGUUGUCUUGGAGGAAGUGAUAACUUUAAACAUUUAAACGAAAUUGACCUUUUUAAUAAUAUUGAUCCAAAUGAAUCAAAGCAUAAAAGAACAGACAGAUCUAUCUUGUGUUGUUUACGAAAAGGAGAAUCUGGUCAGGCAUGGCCGAGGUUAACGAAAGAGAGGGCAAAGCUCAACUGGCUCAGUGUGGACUUCAACAACUGGAAAGACUGGGAAGAUGAUUCAGAUGAAGACAUGUCCAAUUUCGAUCGCUUUUCUGAGAUGAUGAACAACAUGGGCGGAGAUGACGACGUAGACUUGCCAGAAGUAGACGGGGCAGAUGAUGACUCACCAGACAGUGAUGAUGAAAAAAUGCCGGAUCUGGAGUAAGGAAAACUGUUGUCUUCAGGGUUUGGGGAAAGAACUUCAUCACAACAUUUCAUAAUUGAGAUAAGAAUUCCUGAGUUGAUAGCCCUAAAGGGAGAUCCUGCAUCCUUUAACCCAUUUUCAGUCCAUUUUAAAUGGCUUCACUGAUGGUAGGUGUGUACCAUUGCACGGGGCGGUCUUAAGCCACGAGAGGCAAUAACGUUAUGCAUGAACCGUUUUCCAGACUUCCAAAAAAAAAAAAAGAAAAAAAAAGAAAAAAAUAUCUAUAAAACCCGAUUGAGGUGUUAGGCAAUCGAUAGAGAACAGUCGCAAUAAAGUUUACAGAGCCUCCUUGCCUCGUAGCGGAUGUAAUUACAAUGGGAGAAUCCUGAAUUUACACCAAGCGGUAAAUGAGCAUUUUUAUUUUAUUUUUUUCCCCCCCCCCUUCUGCCGCCUGAAAAUUGUAUGUUUGUACCGGGAACAAAACACGGCUGUUGUCAUUGGCUCACAAAAAUUCCACGGGCGCCGCACAGAACCUCUUGUGGUGUCUUCGGGUCUGUUCCACUAAAGUUUGUAUUAAAAUGGAACAAAAUUUCUCCUCGUUUGGUGUUGGCGGGGCCCCGGCGCGGUUGGCUGGAGCCCGUUUUCCCCCCCCCCGCCCCGUUAGACCCUCGAGCUUUACCCCCUCCUCCCGGGCGCGGGUGCCUGUACGUUGUUGCUUGUCAAUCUGUACGUUUAGACCAAAAUCGUAUUUGCACUGUGGGUGUGGCAGCGACCGGCCGGCGGCGGCUUCGAAACGGGCUGAAAAAAACCUCAAUUUAUGUUCAGAGCAGCGGGGAUUUUUUUAAUGUCUACAUUCUUUCUAAUAAACUGUUGAAGACUCCCUGGCUCUCCUUC